CAUCUCCGGUACAGGCUUAACCAUCACUAAAUGAAGCCUUUGGCUGACUGCGGAGAAGAUGCCAAUCAGUCUUAAAACACAAUUGAAAAGAAAUCAUUCUUUUGUUAUUAUUAAUCAAUUAUUUAUUUUAUUAUAAUUAAUAAUAAAAGUUGAGUCCAGUAUCUAUGAAUGAGAGAGAAGGAACAGUAAAGCAGUUUAUAGAUAGGGAUUUCAGUUGGUGAUGGUGUUGGGGAGAUUGGGAGUGACGGAUAGUGGCAGCGGCAGUAGCAGAGGCGGCGGCGGAGGAGGAGGAGGAGGAGAAGGAGAAGUCAUUCCCAAGCAACGGCACCAACCGUCGCCGGUUGUGACGGUGGCGACACUAUUCAUUUCCUCAUUGAUGUUCGAUUUCUUCUCCGAUGGUCGACACGUCUUCUUUGCGGAGGCCAGUGGAGGUGCCGGUGGGGGCGGUGGUUAUGGCGGUGCAGGUGUGCAUUGGGUGUCCGGUGGAGGAGGCUCGCCUUCCAAUGUUGGAAUAGCUGUCGCCGUUACGGCCAUGGCCGGUCUCGCCUUGGCCGCGACUCUCGUCUACUCUCGUAGGGGAAGCCUUAAAUCACCUUGGUCCCAAAGGCAAAGGAAAGAUGCCCUUUUGCCAACAGAAUGGAGUAAUUUAUUUGAUGAAGAUGGGAGAUUGAUUGACGGUGGGGUGAGGUUUUUGAAGAAAGUCAGAAGUGGAGGUGUUGAUCCAACUAUACGGGCAGAGGUUUGGCCAUUCCUUCUUGGAGUCUAUGAUUUGGAGAGUUCAAAGAAAGAGAGAGACAACAUUAGAACUCAGAAGAGAAAAGAGUAUGUAAAUCUGCGAACAAAGUGCAGACAGAUGUUAAACAAUUUGAGUUUUAAGUUGAAGGAAAGUUCUGGAAAUGACAAUAAUGAUGAAAGUGGUGAUUUUAGUCCAGUUCUAAAUUCUCUCUGUAUGGAAGAACAAAACCUCUCCCAAGACCCUCCUGCCUUUGAUAAUGAGGAUCAGAAAAGUGAAGAGCCUACUAAAACUGCAUCCAAUCCAAUACACGAGGGGUCCAAAGAGUCUACUAUAACUGCAUCUGGUUCAAUUCUUGAAAGACCCAACUCAUUAGUGGAGCCGGAAGGUGACAAUGGCAGGAUUGUAGAUGCAAAUAUUUCUGGAGAAGAAUAUCUGUCAUCCAACUCUGAUUCCUCCGAAGAGCCUGAUGGAGAGCAACCUCUCCUUUGUGAUCAGGAUUUUGAAGAAACUGAUGGUGAUGACCAAACUGGCAGAUCAGAAAGCUCACUACCAUCCAACAGAGUAGAAGAUUUUGCAACAUGGCAGCGCAUCAUACGUGUUGAUGCUAUUCGAGCAAAUGAUGAAUGGAUUGUAUAUUCACCUUCGCAGGCGGCAGUUUCUGUGGCCAAGGCACGCCAAUUGGCUGAGAGUGUGGGAUUGAGGGAUUAUGAUCAUUUGGAGGCGUGCAGGACUUUUCAUGCAGCUCGCCUAGUUUGCAUCCUUGAAGCUUAUGCUAUGUAUGAUUCUGAGAUUGGAUACUGCCAGGGGAUGAGUGAUUUACUCUCUCCCAUUAUCUCAGUGAUUGAGGAGGAUGAUGUAGCCUUCUGGAGCUUCGUUGGUUUCAUGCGGAAAGCACGGCAUAACUUCCGUCUUGAUGAGGUAGGGAUCCGGAGACAGCUAAGCAUUGUGUCAAAGAUCAUAAAGUGCAAGGACUCUCAUCUUUACAAACACUUGGAGCAGCUGGAAGCAGAGGAUUGCUUUUUUGUGUAUAGAAUGGUGGUAGUUCUUUUCAGGAGGGAGUUGAACUUUGAACAGACACUUUGCCUGUGGGAGGUGAUGUGGGCUGAUCAGGCAGCCAUUAGGGCCGGAAUAGGGAAGUCAAGCUGGGGGCGCAUGAGGCUUAGGGCUCCUCCCACAGACGAUCUUCUUCUAUAUGCAAUAGCUGCUUCUGUGCUGCAAAGGAGGAAACUGAUCAUAGAGAAGUAUAGCAGCAUGGAUGAAAUUAUGAGGGAAUGCAAUAGCAUGACUGGGAAAUUGGAUGUUUGGAAGCUUUUGGAUGAUGCCCAUGACUUAGUGGUCACCCUGCACGAUAAGAUUUAGCAUUCCCUUUGGUUAACUUGUCUUCUUAAUUUUACCUUACCUUACCUAGUUGAAGACUUUUAUUUUUUUUUGUCUUCCAUUCGGUAUCCUCCUCCUCAGUGCUUGGAACAAGUGUUUUAUAGGUGUCCAUUCAGGACCAUAUUUUUAAAGUAAAACAAAAAUCAUCUUGUCAGCAUUA